AGAAGAAGAAGAAGAAGAAGAAGAAGAAGAAGAAGAAGAAGAAGAAAUAAAUAAAUAAAUAAAUAAAAAUGGCGAUUUCCAUCCUCCGACUACGGACAUCCAAGUGUUACCAGUUGGAGAACUGGGGCAUCCUGAGGACCUGCAUAUCUGCUUUGUGCACCACUCAGACUGGAGAGGCUACAAAGAGGGCAGAAAAGACAGGAAAUGAUCCAGAUGAGAGAGCAACCCUGCUAACAUACAAGACAGCAGUUUCCUUCCCAAUGAGGGUUUUGAACCAUGGAGCUUUUCCGACACAGCCUCGGGAUAUUGCAGCAUCAUUGUCCAUUACCCCUGCAGGCAGAGUGAUGGAUGUCAUUGCUAAUAUUGAAAAAGCACCUACUACGCAGGAAGCCUUUUCAGAUUCAACACCUCCCUUAGGUACUGCUGUGAUUAUCACAAAUACACGUAUCCCUGUGUCAGAUAAGGCUUUCUCUCCAGCUACAGCCCCAAGCUAUGUAGCCACAAACAAGACACCAUAUUCUGAACCAGGUGAUCAACCAAGUGCUGAAAGCACUUCAUCUUCCAGUGACUCUUCUGAUUCUGACUCUGAAGACGAUAAGAUUGAAACUUGGACCUCUGUGCAAGAGGUACCAGAAUUCCCACAGAAUACACAAGCAAAGUUCUUACAAGUCUCAUGUAAAGAGAACGGACAUUCUAAUGAAGCUAACAAUGAGGUUUUACCAGAACAUGAGGAUACUCAUGCCUCUGCUGCCUUGCCAGCAGAAGUUGCACAUGCAGAAGCAUCUAAAAAUACCAGGGAGGUUAAAAAUGUUAGUGGUGUCAAAGACCGAAUGGACUCUACCCCACAAUUCCAGCAUGUGUCAGAAGAUGUAUCACAGAUUAGAGAGACUGAAAUACAAGAUGAAGCAGGUUCUCCUUUAGAAUUAAUUGUGUGCGUAACAUCUCCCACUGUCCCUGUUGGUGUUGAAAAUACUGCAAUUAAAGCUGUGACAAAGGUUUCAUCUCCAGAACAGGACACAACUGAUGCCUUUCUAGAAGUCACAGAGCCUGUGUAUGCUGAGGUGUCUGCAAAUACAAUACCCCUGCUUGUAGAGGAUGAUUCUGUCCUUCAAGGAACUGUAGAAGCCCUUCCCAGAAUUGUUGCAUUGCCAGUGGAUGAUACUGCCCCCUCUGGAGCAAUUACUGAUGUUGCAACCAUGGUCUCCACCUCAACGCAGAGUGCCAUUGAGCUGUUGGACCCUUGGAAGGGAGGACAACAGACAGAGACUCCACCUGAAGCUGCUGCGUGCCUGGGCAGUGUGAAAUGGGGAGGGGACGCUACUCAAGGGCUGGAAGCUGCAACCAUGGCCCCCCCUGACCCUGAGGGGACGUUUGAGAACAGCACAUACAGAAAUUACCAACACCACAGCUACACCCCCUAUACCUUUGUAGACAUGGAUGUAGAGAUGGCAAAGUAUCGUCUCCCUCAGCCCACCUCUGGAAGACACUCACCAAGACACUAGGAAAGCACAGCUGGAUACAUAUGCCUACAUAUUUAAAUGGUGUGGUCUUAGGAUUUUGCUCUGCAAAAAUAACAAACAAAAAAUGUAAAAUGCCUGAUUAAAAGUUGUCUUCAA